CGCUCAGCGUCUUCGCUCCGGAGCUGUGGGGACGACGCAGGGAGCGGAAGUCAUGGCAGAUGGUCGCCUGGCCGUGUCUGUGGAUGUCACCCAUGGUUCCUUCGUGGCGGGCGACGGCUUGUUCAUUGACAGCAUCGCCGUGGGUGGCCCCGAGGAGAUUGACCUCACGGGCUCCAUCAGUUACAAGGAGUUUCUGUCCCCAAAGCCUUGCAUCGCCCAGUGGUACUGUUGUCAUUGGUGGGGUGAGUCCUUGGACUCCUUCGUCUCCAGCUGUCAGACACACGCACAGCUGCGGCGGCGCGGGUCCCCGGGGUCAGCGGGCGGCUACUGGGUGGCGGCCUUUGCAAUGCGCCAGCAUGAGCUACGUGAAGAGCUCGGACCCGAUUUGAAGGAGUCUCCUUUCUAUGAUGCUCUUCGCUUGGCUGAUGGGAUAUUGCUGACUGUGGAUAGUGAGGAAGUCUUCCGUCGCACGUGGUGCCACUAUGAACUCUAUGCUGGCUCAGAUCUUAAGCAUUUGGAUGUGGUCUGCAACGGAGCAAUGUUGAGCAGGACUGGAUUGCCUGGGGAGAGCAUGGUGGCCAAACAAGAUCAAGAAGGCACUUUGAAAGUGGACGAAACCGUCUGUUCCACCUUUGCCUUGUUGGCGUGGCCACAAGCCGUGAAGAGAGGGCUGGUGAGUACACAACUGAUCGAGACCGUGGCGUCCGACGUCAAUAGAGAGGCGCUGGAGCUGAGUUUGGCACACCUUCAGGAAUUCCAAGAUCCUGGGAUGUUGCAAUUGGCACAAUCUCUACCGCCCAACUUGACGAAGCUGAAAUUGGGCUUGGAGGGCUGUCAUGAACUCACAGAUCAGGGCGUGAAGGCCUUGGCGAAUCGCUGGGGCACGAAGCUGAAGCACCUCUACUUGGACUUCGUGGGCUGCGGAAAGCUGACCGACGCCAGUCUCUCCGUGCUGGCCCAGAAUUUGCCACCCACACUGACAGACCUGGAGUUGCACAUGGCUGGAUGUGUGCUUGUGGGGCCUCCGGGAAUGGAGCUGGGGUUCGCCAUGCACCGCCUGGUGCAUCGCUCAAACCUUCGGGUCCGGACCCGGACUGCCCGGACAGGGAGACUUCCGAUUGGCCCGGUGACGAGUCUAGAGUCUGGAGUAGCGACUCGAAGAAGAAUGGAUUGAUGAAGCCCUCAGAGUCCAACUUUGACUCAUUUUACCCCUCUGUGGUAGUGGAUGGAUUGACUUCCAGGUGGAGAAAAAACGAGUCAGACCGAGUCAGACUGGACGUUUGGAUGUCCCCGGGGAUGAUUUUGAGAACUUCCUUUCCUUCACCAACUUCGAAAAGGAAUCAGCCUUUGGACUUUCUAGAGGAAUCAUGAAACCAUCGAAGAUGCCCAAGCUCUGCUCCGCUCGGCUCACGGCUUGGGGAUUUGGGGCGUGGGCCAGGGCUGUUGGUCCGGAUGAGCACCGGCAACCUAGGCACCUGAAGAAGCAUUGGCCCAAGAGUGUGAAGGUCUUCCGAGCAAGUUUCAAAGCAACGAAGUUGAAUCGCAACUUUAUGACCCUCCAGGAUCUUGAAGAUUACUGGAGAGAGUCUUAGAGGCUUGCGGCUUGUUCAUGAGUUUGGACUCGUUCUUCUUGAGCUUGUG